UGCAAUAGUGUGUGUGUGUGUGUGUGUGUGUGUGUGCAAGCGGCUGCCGUGUGCCGCACAUAAAAAAACUAUGUACAUACACAGCGACAACAAAUUAAUAACAAAGUAUUUACAUCAGCUUAGUGCAAGGUCCGCAUGUCUCGAUUCUGGCUGCUGCGCGCUUAUGCUACGCUGAAAAGAAAGUCUGUGACGCCGUCAGUCAUUUACAGCAAUAUGUGUUCGUGUGUGUGUGUGCAUAGAAUUAAAUAAAAUCAAAAGCAAUAUUCCAAGCGCGCUAAAAGCAUAAGAGCAGCACAACAAGCAGACAAAAUAAUAAUAAUAAUAAGAAGGAAAAACAAAACAAAUGAAGCAAACAAAUUUUGUUGGAUUUUGAAGCCGCAAUUUUAUCUAUAACUCUCUUCCCCAAAAACGCACAAAACCGUAGGCGCAUAAAUUUUUGCCAAUGAGUCGCAGACAGUCAUUGGAUCGACCAGGAAUAUUGUCUCCUCCGGGUCCGUUUCUGACGCCCAGUCCAUCACCAUCGAUCUCAGCUAGUCCGCGUCUGCAACCAUCACCAUCGCUGUCACCAUUUCCACAAGAUGUGCUGCUCGUAGCCGGUGGCAACGCAUUAAACGCCAACAGCAAUUCGCAGGAGCAUGAACGCAAGGCGGCGACGCCUGGCAGGCGACAAUCCAUACAUCAAUUCACAAAUGGCAGCCCCAAUGCCGGCACUGUCGUCUUUCAGCCAAGUCCCUCACAAUCGCCUGCCGCCGCCGCCACAACGGUCAUUGGCGUGACAGCUGGUGGUCUCAUAGCCUCCGCCGCCAGCAGCAGCGCAAAUGCCAACGCCAACGCGCUUGGCAAUGAGCUGAAUGCAACACUUGUGGGCUCCAACAACAUACAACUGAACAAGAAGGGCAACAAGCGUGCUGGGCAGCAACAACAGCAGCUGCAACAGCAACAACUGCAUCAGCAGCAGCAAUUGCAGCAGCAAAUCUUUAGCAGCAGCAACGCUGCAGCGCCCACCUCAAUCUGCUCAACAGUUGCCGGCGGCUAUGGGCAACCCAACGCAACAGCAAUCAGCACGCCCAUUUCGUUUGCGACAGCAAAUGUGGCUAGUAGCCCAAAAGUUCAAGCGAAAAAGGGCGCCGCCAAUUUGCUGCAACAGCAGCAGCAGCAACAGCAACAGUUCCAGCAUUAUCAAAGCAGCAGUCCGCUGAUAGCGGACAGUCCCAUACCAAGUCCCAGCAACGCGAUAGCAGCGGCGGCCAUCAAGCCGCCCACGCCGCAGCCCCAGCAGCAAACCGUACAAAUGUUGCCGCAGCAGUUUACCAUAACGGGAGCAACGCAGCAGCAGCAGCAGCAAGCGCAGCAGGCGGGCGCACAGCAAGUGUUUCAAUUUAUUCAGGGGCCGCAAGGUCAAAUCAUUGCCACCACCACCGCUGCACCGCAACAGCAGCAACAGCAACAGUUGCAGCAGCAGCAGCAACAACAACAGCAGCAACGCUUUACUGCCAAUGCCAACAUAACGCUGCCCACGAUCAACAGCAAGUCAAGCAAAGCGCCACAACAAAUACUGCCCAAGCCGCAGCAAGAGCAACAGCAGCAGCAGCAGCAGCAACAACAGCUUAAGCUUAAAGCCAACAACAACAGCAGCAGCAACAACAAUCAGCAGCAACAACAACAACAACAGCAGCAGCAAAUACUGUUGCCAGCAACAACAGCACAGCCGCAGCAAUUGCUGCUCAAUCAAAUGCCCGUGCUGGUGCAACAGAAUCCUCAAGGCGUGCAGCUCAUACUACGCCCACCCACGCCACAGCUCACUGCCACGCCCUCGCUCGUCAUACAAAAUCCACGCGGUCAAGGCCAACUGCAGCAGCCAGCACAGCAGCAACUGUUGCGCAUUGUUGGCACCAAUGGUGCCACCAUGCAACUGGCCGCUGCCACGCCCACCUUCAUAGUCUCCUCCCAGGGCAAUCUCAUACAGCAAACGGGCGCCGCGCACUUCCAGAACGCCAUCAAAACCCAAGGCACACAGCUCAGCGGUCUGCACGCUGCGCUAGCCGCGCAGGCGCCACGAUCUCAGCCGUUUGCCACAACGGCCACCAUCAACACGCAGCUGCUCAGUCAAAGUGUUGCCGCUCAGCUGCAGAAUCUGCAGCUGGCUGCUGCAGCCGCUGCCAACGGCAAUGGCAUUGCUCAGAUACAAAUGCCCAAUGGGCUGACGGCGAUUUCACAGCUGCAGCAGAAUCUUGGUGGCGCCACCAUCAAUCUGAAUCAGCUAAACGGCGCGCAGUUGCAGCAUAUAGCGAAUGCCUUUCAACAGCCGCAGCCACCGCCGCAGGCAACGCAGCAGCAGCAGCAGCCAAUGACAACAACAACUACAACAACAACUGUUGGCAACAAUGCAACGGAGCUUUACACACAAGCAACGCCCACGCAGGAGCCAGUGCGUCAAACGGCGGUGCAGCAGCAGGCCAUGGCCACCAUACAGCUGCAGCAUCAACAGCAACAGCAGCAGCAAGCGCAGAUACAACAGCUGCAGCAGCAACUGCAGCAAACGCAAACACAAGUGCAGCAGGCGCAGCAGCAGCAGCAGCAAAUACAAGUGGUCGAGCCCAAGAAGAAGCCGCGACAGCGCAAGAAGAAGCCAACAGCAGCAGCUACAGCAGCAGCAACUGCCAUAGCUGUUGCCGCCGCCGCCGCAGCAGCAGCAGCAACAACAACGCCUCAAAAGAUUGCCAUACCUGCCACGCCCAGCACAACGCCGCCCACAACAGCAGCAGCAGCAGCACCAGCAAUUGUACGCACGCCCACACAACUAACGUCGCAAGUAACGCUCGCUGUGGCACGUGCCGCCAAGUCGCCUUCACCGCCGCCAACGCACAUACAACGCGCCAGCAAUGGCAAACUCGAUCUCGGCGAUGUGAUGAAGUUCUGCGGCAUCACCGAGGACGAUGACGAUGAUGAGGACUAUGGCAUGGACAGCAUGCACAGUCAUGCUGAAGAUGCGCCAAGUGUUGCAGCAGCAGCAGCACCAGCAGUUGCCACUGUCACAACAGCAGCAGCAGCAGCCACUGCGCCCAGUUCCAAUGAUAUAAUGAUCUCCAUACCGAGCCAAAACGGCAGCGAUGGUCUGCCCUUCACGCUAACUAUACCGGCGGCCAGUGCGCCGUCGAACGAAGCCACCGAAAUACCAAAUAUCCUCAUCAAGAUCGAUCCCAGCGACAGUGCAGCAGCCUCAGCUGCUGCUGCUGCUGUUGCUGCCGCCGCUGGCGCAAACACAACUCAAGUACCACCGUAUACGCUAUCCACACCACGCCUGCCCACCGCCGAGGAGAUACAGCGCCAGGCACAGCAACAUCUCGCCCAGCAAGCAGCAGCAGCCGCCGCAGCGGCAGCCAAAAUCUGCAGCAUCAACAGCAGCAUGCAAGCAACGCCAACAGCACCAACGAUUAGCUUCAGUUUAAAUGGCCAAACACAAACGCUGGGCAGCGUCACAUUGCAGCCGUCGCCCAUAGCUGCGAGCAUAACGCUAACGACGCCCAAUCCAACAACAACAACAGUCGUGCCAGCAGCAGCAACAGUUGCUAGUGUAGCAACAACUGUGGCAGCCACUGCAGCUGUUAAGCCACGACGCAAGCCCGCAGUGCGUAGAAAUGCCAAAAAGCAGGAGACGAUCAUUGUGAGCAGCAGCAGCAGCAGCAACAUGCUCAACAACAGCAACACUAUUGUCACCAGCAGCAACGUUGCUAGCUUUAGCAGCUACAACAACAGCACAACCAUCACCAGCAGCGCAGGCAAUGCCAAUGGGAACAUCAAUACCAUUACCCUAACCACGCCCGUGAGCAGCAGCAACAGCAUAUUGCUGCCGCAUGGCCUGGGCAUAGCAAGCAGCGGCAACAACUCCACCACUGUGGUGCCCAGCCAAAUAGGCAACAUACAGAUCUCACAGGUGCAACAUCACCAACAGUCCAGUUUGCCCAUCACCAGCGCAGUGGAGAAUAAAAUCCAAAUCAUGCCCAUACUGCCACCAGGCGCUAGUGUCAUGGGGGGCGUGCCCGCCUCAGCAGCAGCAGCAGCAGCAGUGACAACAGCAACGCAACAGCAAGCGCAGCUGGUGUUCCAAUCAACGCCAACAGCAGCAGCAGCAGCAGCAACAACAGCAACAGUGCCCGAGUCCACAACCAUUAAGCUAACCAGCGAUGGACGCCAAAUGCAAUUAGUGAGCAUACCGCAGCCGACGCCACCGCCGCCGCAGCAGCAGCAGCAGCAGCCAACGCCGCAGCUAGCAGCGCCGCCAGCACCAACAGCGAACAGCGUGACAACCGCAGGCGGUGCCACGAUAUUGCCACCACAGCUUACAGGCAUGCCCGGUAAUGUCUCCAUUUCGGUUGGUUCGCCCGCCACGGCUGCUGCGCUGGUGCCUCAGCUAACCGGCAGUCUCAGCUUGGCCGUCUCCGAGCACUGCGAGCGCCUGAUAUUGCGUCAUGAUCCCAACAAUCCGCAAGAUCAUCAAUCGCAGUUGAUACUCCAAGCGCUGCUCAAAGGCGCGCUGCCCAAUGUAACGAUCAUCAAUGAGCCAACGCGCGUGGACAGCAGCAAGCAAGUGAUAACAACAACAACAACAGCAAUACAGCAGCCACAGCCAGUGCAGCAGUUGGCAACAGCAGCAGUGCCCAGCAGCAACACAGUGACAACUAACAACAGCAACACAACCAAAAUCACCAACAGUUUGCCCAUAAUUAAGUCCAAUGAGCCGCUGCCCUUGCCACUGCCAAUGCCAACAAUUCCAGCAGCAGCAGCAACAACUACAACAAGCAACUCACAGCUGCUUGUGCAGCAGCAACCAACACAACAGCAACAGCAGCAACCAGCGCCACAGCAAUUGCCGCCACCACAGCCGAUUGUAAGCAAUGCGCAACGUUAUGUUGCACUGCCGCCCAUAGAUCCAAGCACACAGCAGCUGUUUUGCCUAAAUAGCGUCAGCAAUCAAAUAACCGCCAUUAGUGCUGGACAAACUGCCGCCUCGAUUGGACCCACGGAGCGGCUGCUCAUAGCGCCAGCGGGCAUCAAUGCGCAGCAGUUAGCGCAGUGUCUGCAGCUGGGUCAGCUACACUUUAACGAUGUCAAUCCGCUGCCGGCAACACAACAGUUGCAGCAGCAGCAACAACAGCAACAACAGCAGCAGCAAACGACAACAACAUUGCCCAUUGCAUUUCGACAGCAGCAGCCGCCGCAGCAACAAAUUGUGCAUCCCAUACAGCCUGUAAGCAAUGGACAUGCCAUAGGUCUGGGCAUGGCCAUCAGCACGACAACAACCACUACGCUUACCAACAGCACCAGCACCACCACCAAUACCACCACAGUGACCAAGCAAGUGGCCAAUGUGGCGCCCAUUAUAGACCAAAGCAAAGCUAAGCUGGAGCCAGCUAAGAGCAAUGUUGCUGCUGCAGGCAGCGCCAGCAGCACAGGCGCCGUCGCCAAAAAGAAACCCGUGCGCAAGCCCAAGACGACGCCCAUUGCUGCCGACUUGGGUAAUCUGAAAAACGCGAGCGUAGUGAAACCCAUGCCCAAGUUGGAUCCACUCUCGCAAAAGCCCAACAACAAUCCGGUGCAGAUUGUGCAACCAAAUGUGGCAAGCGGCAAGCAGAUGAUUGUUGUUGUUAGCUCCAGUGGUUGUCAGACAACGACAACAACAACAACCACCACCAUGAGCAACAGCAUACAACCGUUCCAAACAACAAGCGGCACCAAACUGGUGGGCGUGACAGCGCCCAUGCAACAGCAGCAACAACUGCAGCAGCAGCAACAGCAGCAGCAACAACAGCAGCAGCAGCAACAACAGCUGCCAACUGCAACAGCGGCAAUGCAGCCGCAGCAACUGCAGCCAAGAGUUAGCUAUUGCCUAACAGCAACCACUGCAAGCACCAGCGCUGUUAUCAGCAGCACCACCAGCGGUGGCGCCAACAUUGCUCAAUUGCAGCUGCAGCCUGCACCAGCAGUACAACAGCAGCAGCAGCAGCCAACGCUGCCGCAGCACAAGCCACAGCCGCAGAAUACAAUUUCACGCGUGCAAACGAUACAACUGACCGCUCAAAUGCAACAAGUCUUUAGGCAGGUGCAAAUGCAAAUACAAUUUCUCACCAUUAAGCUGCAGAACAAAUCGUUUGCGCCCACAUUGCCGCUGUCGACGGACGCUGAUCAGUCGGCAAUCGCUCAGUACAACAAGCCGAUGACCGAUGCCGAGAUCAAUGUUGCAUUGCAGCGUCUGUUUCAAGAGCAGCAGCGCAUUUUGGCCUCGGGCAAGGAGGUGCCAACGCCAGAGGUUAUAUUGCCAACAGCCAAUGCCAAUGGCAGCUUUAGUUUGUUGCCGCCGCAGUUUCAGCAGCAAGUGCAGCAGCAGCAACAACAACAGCAGCAGCAGCAGCAGCUGUUGCAACAAAAUGCUGAGGCACUCAAGAAUCUGCCAGGCAGCGUAAUUCUGAAUGUGGUGCAGCCAAAUAAUCAUUCAUCCACAAAUACAACAACAACAAGUGCAACAACAACAGCUACGCUCAAUACACAACAACAGCAGCAGCAGCAACAACAACAGCAACUGAAUGUUGCACAGCGUAUACAUAUUUACCCUAUGCAGCAGCAACAGCAGCCAAUGCAGCAACAACAACAGCAGCAGCAGCAACCACUGUUGCAACAACAACAGCAACAGCCAGCGCCAGCGCCUCAAUCCAAGCCCAAGGAGUUGCCCAUACGUGCCAAAAUCAACACACAACAAACUACAGCACACUUGCCCUUAUUGCAGCCCAAACCCAAUAUGCUGCCGCUGCAGCCACUACAACAGCAGCAGCAACAACAACAGCAGCAGCAGCAACCACAGCAACAGCAGCAGCAAAGUGUAACUGCUGCCAAAAGUGGUCCACCGCCACUUAUAUUUGCUUGCACCAGCAAUCUGUUGAUUAACAGCAAUAGCAACAGCAGUAACAGCAGCAGCAGCAAUAUUACUGCCAACAACAACAACAAUAACAAUAACAGCAGCAGCAGCAAUUUGCUAUCAAUGCCACCAUUGCAAGCUCAGCAGCCGCCGCAACCGUUGGCUCCAUCCGCCGUGCUGCCCGCUACAAUGGGCGUGCCCACGCCCCUUACAGUGCCCACGCUACCAACAGUACCUGUCUUCUUGCCAAAGUCGGAGGAGCUAACGCCAAAACCAAAAAUUGCACGCCUCUCCUUGUUUGUGCGACAGCUGGAGGUGGAUCAGGAGAGCUGCUUGAAGCCGGACUAUGUGAAGCCAUUUCGCACCAAAGAGGAAGCGGUCAAGCGGCUAAUAAGAUACCACUGCAUGCAUGAGAAUGAUAUGGAGUUGCCCUCGGAUGAGGAUGAUGAGUUUGAGGAAGCUGCCAUAGGACUGCGUGACAAGUUUAUGCAGCUGAAUGGCAAAUUCCAGGAGAUACUAAUGCAAGAGUCAACGCUGCCACAUCGCACCUCGGAGCUGCUGCAAGUGCAACAGCUGCUUAUAGACGAUCUAAAGGGCGAGAUAAGUGACAUACGCAGUGCUGAAAAGGAUCUGCAGGAGCUGCAGCAGCAGCUGAAGCAAGAAGCAACUGCGGACGCUGAAGCAAGCUUGGAGGUCAAAGUUAAAGAGGAAAUCAAACUAGAACCGGAAGGUGCGCAAACAUCAGCAAUGGUUGACAAGUUUGAUUUGCUUAAGAACAGCGCUGAUGUCAACAAAGCUUACAACAAGCAGCAGCAGCAACCACAACAGUCACAGCAGCAACAGCAGCAGCAGCAACAAAUGGCAAAGCAGGAGCAGAAACAUAACUGGCUAAACGCUGAGGAAGCCAAUGGCGCAUUGACUGAUGUAGUUAAGAAGGAGCAGCACAGCAGCAAUAAUAACAAUGGUCAGCGCCUUAAGAAAGAUUUUCACUUUGACAUUGAAUCGGAACUAACACCGUUUAUAAUGAAGAAAAUUGAACAGAAAAUGAUAUUGGCAAAUGCCAAAAUCGAUGCCAGCUGUUUUGCUGACAAUUUGCAGCAACAACAGCAGCAACAUGUAACGCAACAGCAGCAGCAGCAUGUGAAGGCAACAGAAGAGCAAGAGGAUGGUUGGUACUGUUUGCAAAAGGAACUCAAUCUGAUGAGCAAUGAUGCAUUGCAAGCGCAGCCGCAACAUCAACAUGUGCCACCCGAGCAACAUUUGGCGCAGCAGCAACAUCUGUUUGAUGGCAACAAUCCAAGCGCGUUGCUUAGCAAUGGCAAUCACUUGUCCGAUCUGUUUCCCAAUGGCUGCAUAGACAAAUCAAAUCAAAGUCACAGCAAUUCGAACAGCAACAGCAGCAGCAAUAGCAACAGCUGUGCUGCUGAUGUCAGCGCCAGCAACAGCAGCGUGGGCAACAACAACAACAAUGCAAAUAAUGGACACAUUGGCGCCUCCAGCUGCAGUCAGCAGCGCCAACAGCCGCUGGCCAUACAAACUGAGGCGCAUCCAGCGAUCAGUGAGUUCUUCAACAGCGACUCGGAUGUGCAAAAGUCUGUGGAGACGCGUCUCGAGGCCAUGUUUGGUGAAUCGCCUGUGCACUUGGAUGUGAAGAGCAGCAAUGAUGACAUUGAAUCCAACUUGGAUGAGAUCUUUGGUGACUCCAAGUCGCCGCCAUCAAAUCACAAGAACAAGCUAAGCAUGUGGGCGCCCGAGGCGAGCUACAGUGCCAACUACAGCAGCAAUCAACAGCAGCAGCAAUAUGCGCAAACGCAGCAACAACAAGCGCAACAGCAGCAACAUCAUAUUGAGCUCAACUGCAACAACAAUCCGCGCUGGAUGCAGAGCAUGGAGGCGCACUAUAGCGACUAUUUAACCAGCAGCAACAACACAGUGGAUAGUCAAGCGCAUGGUCUGGGCUUGGUUAAUGGUGAAGCUGCACGCAAGCGACACUGGAAUGGACAGCUCAUGGGCUCGAGCAGUGAUUUGGAGGAUGAGAAUAGCAGCAAACGGUUGUGCACUGGCUCAUCCACUUCAUCAUCGCCCAUGUCGCAGCAGCAUGUGCAAGUGACGCCGCAUGGCAUAAUGGAUGCGGAUAUGCUGGCCUUGCACGAUGGCAUGGCUGUCGAUGCUGUAGGCACCAAUGGACCCGUUGCCUUUAGCCAACUGCUUAUGGAGCAGCAACAACAACAGCAGCAGCAGCAGCAACAACAUAGCUUUGCCAAUCAUCAAACAUUUGGCAAUAUGCUGGAUGCACAGCAACAACAGCAGCAGCAGCAACAUCAGCACUAUCAGCAUGGCGGCAUGCCACAGCAGAUGCAACAGCAGCAGCAACAUGUCAAUCACAUGGCGGGCAGCUCGGUGGUCACUGGCGAAUACGAUGAUGACAUAAGUCGACAUGUGGCCAGCGCUAUUGACAGCAUAUUGAAUCUGCAGAACAGCGGCGAUUCGUUGCAGUUCUCGCUGGGCUCAUUUUUGGGCGACAGCAACUUUGAUGAUCAACGCCAGGCAGCAGUUCUGUCCAGCUGCCAGCAGGAGCAAGUGAACAACAGACGUCGCCCGCUUGUGGACGAUAUGGGCGAUUGUCUCAUCAGUGGCGGCGCUAGCGCUGCUGUGGCUGCUGUUGCCGACAACAGCGGCAAUCUAUUGCUGGAGCAGCAGCAGCAACAUCAUCACGCACAGCCACAUCAUUUGCUGCAGAGCCAUCUGGGUGGGCAGCAAACGCAUUUGGCGCAUCAUGCUGCACAUCAUCAUGGCCUCACCCCAGCGCAGACGCAACAUCAUGCGCAGCUAAACGACUUUAGCUGUGUAGCUGCUGGACUCGAUGACAUCAAAUCAAUAAUGACCUCUUGACUUGCAGCGGCGCAUGGCACAGCUGCCGAGCUGCCGCCGGCGGCAACGGCAGCGUCCAACAGUCUGAUCUUGGAGUUCAAUGCGACGACACUGUAAGGCGCAGCGCAUUAAUUGUAUAAAACUAAACCUAAAGUGUAUAUCCUAUUAUUUUAUUUAGUUGUUGUGCCCCAGUUGUUCAACAUUUUGCAUCCUGCUCUGUACAAUUUAUUUUAUAAUUUUUGUAGGCUUAAGUUUUAAAAGAAUUAGUGUAAAUUAUUUGAUUGCCUGUUUUUCGUUCUUAGUCCAAUGUGUUUGUACAAUAUUUCCAACAAAUAAUCGAUUUCAAAUUAUAUAGUCGAGGAACUGCAAUCCUUGAAGAGUCAAUAGCAAAGCAAUUAACACAGAGAAUUGAAAGCAAAACGACGAAUAGCAUGAAAUGCUUCUCUCAGUGAACUACAACUGAUUGAAUGAAGAAUAUUUAUGUAUAUGUAAUGCGAAUUAAAUAGCAACAAUAAAUAAGCAAAAGCAAGCCUAGACAAUUUAUUACGAAUUAUAAAAGAAUUCAAUGCAGUUGGCGACACUAAUGCGAUUACUAAAUAAAUGUCUGUCUGCAUUCUUAUCAAAUCAGCACAAAUGAUCAUUGGUUGUGUAUUACACACAAUUAUGUCAAUAAACAAACAUGAUUAGGUGUAUGCAAAAACAAGAAAUAAAUAUUAAAAAGAAAACAAUUGUAAUAACGUUGCCAAUUUUGUUGAUAUGAGCAUGAUGAGUAUGAGAUUUAAAACCCAGCAAAUAAAAGUAAACCCAUAAAUAAUAUAUACAACAGCAAAUAUAUAUGUAUAUCUCUAAAUAUAUUAUUUAUUAUUAAGCAUAUGUAAAUAAAUUUAGAAUUCAGCUACAGCAUGCGCCAGUUUCAACUAUCGCAGUUUUUUAAAAUACCUAACUAAAUGGAUUUGCUCUUAGUGUUAAAUUGUGUAACAAGCCGCAAGCUAAAAAGAAAUACGUAAAUUAAUAAUUAAAGCAUAACUUUGAGUUCUAAGCAGUUCAUAAUUAAUUAUCAGUUCAAGCGCUUAACGUCUGUCUGCUUGCAAAUUACUCAAAUUAAUAAGUAAAUGUUACAAAACGAAAUAUAUGCAUGCAUAAUUAAUUUGUAUAAACAAUGUGCUCAAUAUAUGCUAUAAAUAUAUUAGCAACUUUUCGAUUUGGCUACGAAUACGGCCCCAGAUGAGAAUGAGAGAGUGAAACACUUUGACAAACGACGAAGCAAACCAAAAGCAGUUCAAACAAAAUAUAAAAAAAACACCACAA